CUAACUAAUUUGUUGUCAGUGCUUAAGGCAUGUUUGGUGUAGGUUGAUUGAACAGAAAAUCCAGGAGCCGUUGCAAAGGCUUAUCACGGCCCCACGGGACCACCUGCUGAUUUCCCUCACACACAGAAAUACGCACCCACCCACACAGCCAGUCAGCCAGGCUUGGGGAACUAACUGGGCAGUCCGCUGCAGCACAAACAAUCGUCAACAACAACAAAAGCUGCCACCAUGUCGGCACCACUCACUCGUUCUGUGCUGGUGACGGGGUGCAGCAGGGGUCUUGGCCUUGAGAUGAUCCGCCAACUCACUGCUGCCGAGAACCCUCCACAGGUUAUAAUAGCAACCUGCAGGAACCCCGACAAGGCUGCGGAGCUGCAGGCCUUGGCGCAGGCUCACCAGCAGGUCAAGAUAAUGAAAUUGGAUGUGCAGGACUAUGGGUCUCUGUCGCACCUGGCGAGCGAGGUGAAGGAGGCUGUGGGGGACGCGGGCCUCAACUUGCUGGUGAACAACGCCGGCAUCUUGGACUCGUGUCCCACCCAGUCCCACGGCGCCAUGCUGGACGACCUGGAGCCACAAAUGUUCCGUAAUGUCUUCGAGACCAACACCCUCGCUCCCCUCAUGCUCAUCAAGGCUCUGCUACCUCAGCUAAGAGUGGCUGCAGCGGCGGGCGGUGCGAUGGGCGUGUCUCGAGCGGCGGUGAUCAACGUGUCUUCUGACCUGGCCAGCAUGGGCAUGUUUGUGGAGAAGCAGGAUGUGUAUGCUUACCGGGCCAGCAAGGCUGCCGUCAACAUGGUGACGAGGACUCUUGCGUCGGACCCCGCAGCAGCGGCGGGCGUGUUGUGUGUGUCGGUGCACCCCGGGUGGGUCCGCACCGAUAUGGGGGGAGGCGAAGCACCGCUGAGCAAGCAGGAAAGUGUCUCACAAAUGCUUCGCGCCUUCUCCACCCUCAAGGAGAAGCACAACGGCCUCUUCAUCUCCUAUGACGGAACCGUUUUACAGUUUUGAUGAUCGUGCCAUGCUGCUGGUCGUGGCUUUUCAACAUGGAACUGUCAUCUGUCAAAAGAGUUUCAUAUUACACAUGUAUUGGAUAAAAUAUAAUGUUAGCAUAAUGAA